GAAUUUGAAGACUGCAGUGUCGCAGUUGCGAACGCCAGCUGGAUGGAAAGCGAAGGCAAAGUAAAGUGGCCCAAGUUGUCUUCCAGGCAACUUGAAAGGCUGUUGUUGCACAACCUACCUGCAUCUGCUGAUUCGUUACUUUCCAAAGUAACUGCGCACAGAUCCACUGUUGACUAUGGAAAGGCUAGGCAUCUGGAGGACUAGUUAAUGCUAUGUUCAGAGCUGCCGUCCACCGAUGCUACCUGCGUUGUGGAAUGCAAUGGAAAGCGAAAAAUGCAAACGUAUCGUAAAUCCAUAAUUUUUGCAGCACGGAGAAAAGUUCCUGAAAUGAGAAACACCGCUGAAGCAGUUCACAAGCCGCCGACGGGCAUCCUCGCCGGAUGGUGAAUACUCUCCCCCACUCCCUUGGCUUUAACUAGAGUAUGAUGCGAUGCCUCUGAAAUUGCUGGAAAAUAUCCAGCCAAUAUGUAGCUCAAGAAGCUCAAGUCCCGUACCCUCCAACUCCUCACGCUUGUCUUUGUCGCGGAUAUCUGCUGACUACGUUCCGGACACGAAUGACGUACCAGCGCUACUUUAGCGAUGAACACAACCCCUGAGAAUUCACUUAAGCGAAGAGGCAAUCAAAAACGAACCAUUUUGGAUUAUUGGAACAGUUAUGCUGUAGGUCACGAUCCUGCGCAAAUUCAUCGAAAUGCAAGAAGUUAUCCAGUUGGUCCAAUGGCGAGGCUGUGGCGCGCCAUGAAAAACACUGAACUUGUGAUUGUGAUGACCCGAGGGCUCCGCGAGCCACGUGCUUCUCUUAUCGGCAAUCUAAUUGCGUUCGAUCGAUACUGGAACUUGAUAUUGGCCAACACAGUGGAGUACUCUUUCAACCUUGACAAUACUACUUUGGCCGGACACUGGCGCGUCGGUCGGAGUAGAAAGCGACGUGAACAACGUCGAGCUCGGCUUUUGCGCGAGCUGAAUAAUAAGGAGAACUUCCCUCCCUUCAACAAUGUCGAGGCCCCGAUUCCUUGUCCAAUGGAAGUGGGAGAUAUCCUUUCUCUGGACGAAAUUCCUGAUGACGCAUUAAUAUGGGGUGGGGACGAUACACGGCAUUUGGUUUGGCCGACCACAACAAAUUCCACUGCUCCCGCAUGUGCGCACUCGGCUCCGGAUACUGUCGAAGCGAUCCCCCAACGAGAUGUCAAGACUCAAGCAAAUUUAAGCCUCGGUGGAAUUUCCAGCUCUCGAUGGGUACCAUCUGUAGCCCAGUUACUGGAACGACGUUUUAGCAAAUGCAGCAGCUCUUCUUCGCACGCCUCUGCUUCCGGAUCGAACUCAAAGCAGGUAGCAUCAGGAGAUACCCAACAUGGCCAGCUGUUCAUCCGCGGUGCCAACAUUAUAUCAGUCUCCUUUCCAACUCCGCAGGACAAGUUUCUUUCAACAACUCUUAACGCUCCCGCUUCCUAUCACUCUUGAUCAUCACCAUCACAUCCCACGCCAUCCCAUCCGUUGGAUAUCAGAUUUUUCACAGACCUUGGAUGUGGAUAUUCACGUCCUCCACCAUUUCACUCUUCCGAGAUUCAUUUUAAUUUGCCUUUCUGCUUCACUCAGACUUUUUGACAGCGUCAUCCCGCAAGUAUAGCUUGUAUUUCUUUAA